AUGCGGCGCGAAGGGGCGGGGCACGGCGUCAGGCAUAGGGCACAGUGCAGGGCACGGCACAGGGUGGAUGGCAUCGACGCCCGGCGGGAUGAUGGUGAUGGCAUGAGGGUGAUGGGCACGCGAUGUGAAUGGAAGAGGCCUGUCACUGUGCAAACAGUACAGCACUCUGAACACACACUAAAGACAGCUCUCAUCUCAAAGAACCCAACACUUCUGUCACAGUAUGAGAAGUUAGAUGCUGGGGAAAAGCAUCUGAUGGACGAAGCCUUCCGGCCAGACAGUGAUCUCUUUGGACCCAUUACUUUACAUUCGCAGUCAGACUGGAUAACCUCCCAUCCUGAGGCUCUCCAAGACUUUGAAGAGUUUUUCAAUGAUCCUUACAGAAAGACACCUUCUCCACAGAAGCACAGUAUUUAUAUACAGUGCAUUGGAUUGCUAGGAAACACCAGAAGUAUCAGUGAGGAAUAUGUGAAAUGGCUCAAGGGCUACUGUGAAGCAUUCUUCUAUGGCUUGACGGUAAAACUCCUAGAACCAGUUCCUGUCUCUGCAACGAGAUGUUCCUUUAGAAUCAGUGAUAACAUGCAGAACCUACAGAUUCAUGCAGGGCAGAUCCUGAAGUUCUUAAACAAGAAGAAGCCUGAAGAUGCUUUUUGUGUUGUGGGAAUAACAAUGAUCGAUCUUUACCCAAGAGACUCCUGGAAUUUUGUCUUUGGACAGGCCUCUUUGACAGAUGGUGGGAUAUUCUGCUUUGCCAGGUACGGCAGUGAUUUUGACAGCUCACACUAUGAAGGCAAACUGAAGAAGCUGCAGAAGAAAUCUUCAAGUGACUACUCAGUUUUUGAUAAUUAUUACGUUCCUGAAGUGACUAGUGUUUUUCUGCUUCAGUCCUGUAAGACUUUAACCCAUGAGAUUGAACGUAUCUUUGGACUUCGGCACUGCCAGUGGCUCGCAUGCCUGAUGCAAGGCUCCAACCACUUGGAAGAACCUGACCAACGUCCCCUCGACCUUUGCCCCAUCUGUUCACAGAGUGCUAUCGGCUUCCACCUUAAAGACAGAUACAAAGGGACACGGAUCACCCCAGACUACAGUGCGGGCACAGCGUCUCUGCACACGGCCCACCGCCGCUGCCGCCACUGCCGCCGCCAUCUUGAAUUGAGUCAGGUGCAGCGUCCAUGCACUCGGCCUGCUGAGCUGAGGGUGUUCAGAGAGAUAGAAUGUUCCACUACUUGUGGAGAAGAACCUGUACGGGCCAGUCCUACCCAGACUGUGGUAAAGAGAUACCAGACGGGGCUGGGAAGACCUUGCUGCCUACAAGCCUUCACUCUCCUCCUAGGUGGCCACAUGAUAUUUCCAGAGGAAAUAUAUCAGAUAUUUCCAUCUGACACUAUUUCCACUAUUCAUCCACUUUCCAAUCAAGUGAGGCUGGCAUCCUCAAGUGGGGCCCUGGACCAGGCUUGCAGCAGCACCAACUGUGGGUCCAGCAGUCUGAGCUCUUUCAAGCAUCAACUCAUUCAUGGAGAGGAGUUCUUAGUUUUAGAGAAUGAGGGGGAAGCAUUCAGUGGAGGUAUCUUGCAUCUCUCCCUGCUCAAGCUUAAGUCCUCAUUCAGCCCUAAAGCCCUGGAGCUGCCACCUCAGUCUUCUGUGAGCAUUCGCAAAAAGAAGACCCAGUGA